AGUCCGCGCGCGCCGCCGCUAGGACAGGGCCUGCGGGCGAGCCAGGCGGGGGCGCCGCAUCGCGGGCCUCCCGCAGGGCUCGUGGGCGGGCCGGGGCCCGGCGCGACGCCCCUGCGGGCCCGCGGCGCCGCUCCCACGCUCCCAGCUCCUCCCCCUCCUCUUCCUUCCUUCCCCUCGGCCUCCCGGGAGCCGCGGGCGGACGCGAGCCGCGGCCAGCGCCCGAGCUUUGUGCGCGCCCGCGGGUCCGGGGCGAACCUCGGGCGGCCCGACCUUGCGUCUCCGGGCCAGCUCCCAGGCGGGAGCUGCGAGGCGUGGCUGGGUGGAGAAGGCGCGCGGGGGGCUCCCUGCGGGCUGGACGGAGCGAGCCGCCUGGACAAUGAGCUGGGCAGCUCGACGCUGCGGCCACUUUUAGGGGGGGCGCGGGCCGUUCGGCUCCUCGGCGGCUCAGCGGCCCCACCUGUGAGGAGAGGGCGGGAUGCCAGAGCCAGGUGUCCCGGCGCCCUGAGCCUUCCCCUCCCCCCCGCCCCACGGUCGGACGUCCCCGAACUGAUUCUCGCGUUGACACUAGGCUACCCGGAGGCUUUGGCUGGGACGUUUUCUGUGCGGGAGCCUUCGGAGCAGCCGUGAUGGCCAGCACCAGGAGUAUUGAGCUGGAGCACUUUGAGGAACGGGACAAAAGGCCGCGACCGGGGUCGCGGAGAGGGGCGCCCAGCUCCUCGGGAGGCAGCAGCAGCUCGGGCCCCAAGGGGAACGGGCUCAUCCCCAGCCCGGCGCACAGUGCCCACUGCAGCUUCUACCGCACGCGCACCCUGCAGGCUCUGAGCUCCGAGAAGAGGGCCAAGAAGGCGCGCUUCUACCGGAAUGGGGACCGCUACUUCAAGGGCCUGGUGUUUGCCAUCUCCAGCGACCGCUUCCGGUCUUUCGAUGCGUUGCUCAUGGAGCUCACCCGCUCCUUGUCGGACAACGUGAAUCUGCCCCAGGGUGUCCGCACCAUCUACACCAUCGACGGCAGUCGGAAGGUCACCAGCCUGGACGAGCUGCUGGAAGGUGAGAGUUACGUGUGUGCAUCAAAUGAACCAUUUCGUAAAGUUGAUUACACCAAAAAUAUUAAUCCGAACUGGUCUGUGAACAUCAAGGGUGGGACAACCCGAACCUUGGCUGCUCCCUCCUCGGUGAAAAGUGAAGUGAAGGAAAGUAAAGAUUUCAUCAAACCCAAAUUAGUGACUGUGAUUCGAAGUGGAGUGAAGCCUAGAAAAGCCGUGCGGAUCCUUCUAAAUAAGAAGACUGCUCAUUCCUUUGAACAGGUGUUGACAGAUAUCACCGAAGCCAUUAAACUGGAUUCAGGAGUGGUCAAGAGGCUCUGCACGCUGGAUGGAAAGCAGGUUACUUGUCUGCAAGACUUUUUUGGUGAUGAUGAUGUUUUUAUUGCUUGUGGACCUGAAAAAUUCCGUUAUGCCCAAGAUGACUUCGUCCUGGAUCACAGUGAAUGUCGUGUCUUGAAGUCAUCUUAUUCUCGCUCCUCAGCUGUUAAGUAUUCUGGAUCUAAAAGUCCUGGGCCCUCCCGACGCAGCAAAUCACCAGCUUCAGUUAAUGGAACUCCCAGCAGCCAGCUGUCUACUCCUAAAUCAACAAAAUCCUCUAGCUCUUCUCCAACUAGCCCAGGAAGUUUCAGAGGAUUAAAGCAGAUUUCUGCACACGGCAGAUCUUCUUCCAAUGUAAAUGGUGGACCUGAACUUGGUCGUUGCAUGAGUCCUGAAGGUGUGAAUGGAAACAGGUGUUCUGAAUCAUCAACUCUUCUUGAGAAAUACAAAAUCGGGAAGGUUAUUGGUGAUGGGAAUUUUGCAGUAGUCAAAGAGUGCAUGGACAGGUCCACUGGAAGGGAAUUUGCCCUGAAGAUUAUAGACAAAGCCAAAUGUUGUGGAAAGGAGCACCUGAUUGAGAAUGAAGUGUCCAUCCUGCGCAGGGUGAAACAUCCAAAUAUCAUCAUGCUGGUUGAGGAGAUGGAAACAGCUACUGAACUCUUCCUGGUGAUGGAAUUGGUCAAAGGUGGAGAUCUCUUUGAUGCAAUUACCUCUUCAACCAAGUACACUGAGAGAGACGGCAGUGCGAUGGUGUACAACCUGGCCAAUGCCCUCAGGUAUCUUCAUGGUCUCAGCAUUGUGCACAGAGACAUCAAGCCAGAGAACCUCUUGGUGUGUGAAUAUCCUGACGGAACCAAGUCCUUGAAACUGGGAGACUUUGGGCUGGCCACUGUGGUGGAAGGCCCUUUAUAUACAGUCUGUGGCACACCGACUUAUGUGGCUCCAGAAAUAAUUGCUGAAACUGGCUAUGGCUUGAAGGUGGACAUUUGGGCAGCAGGCGUGAUCACAUACAUACUUCUCUGUGGAUUCCCACCAUUCCGAAGUGAGAACAAUCUACAGGAAGAUCUCUUUGACCAGAUCUUGGCUGGGAAGCUGGAGUUCCCAGCCCCGUACUGGGAUAACAUCACGGACUCAGCAAAGGAAUUAAUCAGUCAGAUGCUUCAGGUAAACGUCGAAGCUCGGUGUACUGCGGGAGAAAUCCUGAGCCACCCCUGGGUGUCAGAUGAUGCCUCCCAGGAGAAUAAUAUGCAAGCAGAAGUAACAGGUAAACUCAAACAGCACUUUAAUAACGCGCUUCCCAAACAGAACAGCACCACCACCGGGGUCUCGGUUAUCAUGGGUUCUGUUCCUAAAGAAAGCACUGCCUUCCCCAAAUCUCCAAGGUAAAUCUAGAAGAUGGCAGUCGAACCUAACAAUUGGCGAGCCUACGGCACGUCUGCUGCUUGCCCAGGGGCACAACACUGAGGGAGCUCAGCAUGCCACCUCCGAAACUCCACGAAGAGCCACAGCACAGCCUGCCUUUUUACUGAACGUGCAGCCAGUACGUGCAGGGUGAGUCACUAACAAACACUGGCUAGGCUUGAUCAUUUCGGGGGGGGGGGGGGGUGCUGGGCUGGUGAGCCCUAGCUUUUAUUUUUAUAGAUACAAACUUGAAGCCGACACCGAGGAUACGUUAGCUUCAGAGGCACAGCUCUGCCCGUUACCCUGCACUCCCCAGUGUAGCUCCUGCGUGUCACCGUGUGAUGCCAGCACCACACCGCAGUCUCUCUCCCCCCCGCUGUGCCUGCCCCCUAUCUUUUAGGCGAGCUAUCAAGUACUUGCUGGUGGAGGAAGCGGCACACAAUUAGGUGUCCGAGAUCGCUCUGGCAGAGAGUUGACCGUCAUUUGGGCCGAGCUCUGCUCUGCAGAAGAUCUGGGCGGGGGCCUAGUCCUAAGACUGUGAACUCACUGAAAUGAUCACUAAAGACAGGAGCUGCCACUGCGUGCCCCCCUGUCCCUUUGAAGGUGGCGCAGGGAAAACCCGCAGAGCAGUGGGACCAGCAGUUUAGAGGAGCUUAUUAUCUUAGACCUUCCUCUGAAUGGUCUGGUAGGACCAGUCCUUAGAAGUCAUUUGCAAUAUCCUUCCUACUACCUCAUAUCAAAAUUAGGAACUAAAAUGUGCCACUACCAAAAAAAUCAAACACAAAAGAAGGCAGUAAUGAGGGAAUGAGGGACAAAAAAAGCUCUAAGACACACAGAAAACAAAAUAGUAAAAUGGCAAAAGUAAGUCUUAUUGGUGAUUAACUGUAAAGGCAUUGAACUCUCCAAUCAAGAGACACUGGCACAGUGGAUAAAAAACAUGAUCAAACUAUAUGUUGUCUACAAGAGAGUUGCUUUAGAUCUAAAGACACAGGUUGAAAGUGACAGGACGGAAGAAGACAUUCCAUGCAAAUAGUAAUGAGAGAGCUGGAGUGGCUAUACUAAGAUCAGACAAAGUAGGCUUUAAGUCAUCUGUUAUGAGACAAAGAAGUACACUAUCAAUUAAAAGGUCAAUUUAUCAAGAAGAUAUAGCAAUUACAGGCAUAUCUUGGAGAUAUGGUGUUGGUUCUAGACCACUGCAAUAAAGUGAGUCAAAUGAAUUUUUGGUUUCCCAGUGCAUGUAAAAGUUAUGUUUACAUUUGCACUAUAGUCUAUUAAGUGUGCAGUAGCAUGUCUAAAAAAUGUACAUACCUUAAUUAAAAAAUAUUUGAUUGCUAAAAACUGCUAACCAUCAUCUGAGCUUUGUGCAAGAUGUAAUCACAUCUGUAAUCACAGAUCACCAUAACAAAUAGAAUGAAAAAGUUUGAAAUAUUGUGAGAAUUAUCAAAAUGUGACAGACACACGAGCAAAUGCUGUUGGAAAAAUGGCAGACCUGCUCAAUGCAGGUUUGCCACAAAAGUUCAAUUUGUAAAAACUAUCCGCAAAGCACAAUAAGAUGAAGUCUGUACAAACAAAUGUACCAAAUAUCAGAGCCCCCAAGAUAUAUGGAGCCCAAACUGUGACAGAAUGGAAGGGAAAAAUAAACAGUUCUACAAUAAUAGUUGCAGACUUCAGUACCCCACUUUCAAUAAUGGGUAGAACAACCAGAAGGAAAUAGAGAAUCUAAAGAAUACUAAAAACCAAGUGACUGGGGUGCCUGACUGGCUCAGUCAGUAGAGCAUGCAACUCUUGGUCUCAGGGUUGUGAGUUUGAACCCUAUGUUGGGUAUAGAGAUUACUUUAAAAUAAGAUCUAAUUAGGGACACCUGGGUGGCUCAGUCGGUUAAGCGUCUGCUUUUGGCUCAGGUCAUCAUGCCAGGGUUUCUAGAUCGAGCCCUGUAUCAGGCUCCUUGCUCAGCAGGGAGUCUGCCUCUCCCCCUGCCUUGUGCUCUCUCUCACUUUCUCUCUCAAAUAAAUGUUUAUUAAAAAUCUAAUUAAAAAACAAAACAAGUAGAUCUAACACAUAUAUUGAACACUCACCCAAAAACAGCAGAACAGACAUUUUUCUUAAGUGAGCAUGGAGUAUUCUCCAGAAUAAACCAUGUUAGGCCAUAAAACUAGUCUUAACAAAUUUAAAAAUCAUACAAAGUAUCUUUUCUGAUCACGAUAGAACAAGAAAGCAAUAACGGAAAAUGAAAAUUCACAAAUAUAUAGAAAUUAAGCAAGCAAUGAAUCAAAUCUGAACAGAAAUUAGAAAAUUACGGAGACAAAUGAAAACACAAUAAACCAAACAAUGCAAUGCUGAGGGAAAUUUAUAACUGUAAAUACAUACAUUAAAAAAGAAAUAUCUCAAUCAGUAACCUAAUUCUACACCCUGAACCAGAAAAAGAGCAAACUAAACUCAAAACUAACAUAGGAGGAAGGAAAUAAUGAAGGUUAGAGAGUGGAGAUAAAUAAAACAGAGGAUAGAAAAAAUGGGAGAAAAAUCAAGAAAACCAAGAGCUGGUUCUUUGAAAAGAUUAAAUUGACAAACUUUUAGCUAGAUUGACUUAGAAAAAAGAGAGGACUCAAACUACUAAAAUCAUAGAGAUGUUACUACCAAUUUUACAGAAAUAAAAAAGGAUUAUAAGAAUACUAGGAACAAUUGUAUGCCAACAAUUAGAUCAAAUGGAAUUUUUUUUUUUUUUUUUUAAGAUUUUAGGGGCACCUGGGUGGCUCAGUGGGUUAAGCGUCUGCUUUUGGCUCAGGUCAUGAUCCCAGAGUCCUGGGAUCAAGCCCCAUGUCGGGCUCCCUGCUCACUGGGGAGGGAAGUCUGCUUCUCCCUCUCCCUCCCACCCCGCUCAUGCUCUCUCUCAAAUAAAAUCUUUAAAAAUAAAUAGAUUUUAAGUAAUCUCUACACCCAACGUGGGGCCUGAACUCACAACCCCGAGAUGAAGAGUUGCACACCGCACUCACUGAGCCAGCCAGGCGCCCCUGAAAUGGAAAAAAAUUUUUUUUUUUUUUAAAGAUUUUAUUUAUUUGAGACAGAAUGAGAGAGACAGAGAGCACAUGAGAGGGGGGAGGGUCAGAGGGAGAAGCAGGCUCCCUGCCGAGCAGGGAGCCCGAUGCGAGACUCGAUCCCGGGACUCUAGGAUCAUGACCUGAGCCGAAGGCAGUCGCUUAACCAACUGAGCCACCCAGGCGCCCUGAAAUGGAAAAAUUCUUAAAAACACACACUAUACCAAAACUAAAUCAUGAAAAAAUAGAACAUAUGAAUAGACUUAUAACUACUAACAAGACUGAAUCUUAUAACUACUAACGAGACUGAAUCAAUAAUCAAAAGCCUCCCAAUAAAGAAAAGCCCUGGACUAGAUGGCUUCAGUGGUGAAUUCUAUCAAACAUUUUAAAAGACGGAUUAACACCAGCUCUUACUCUUCUAAAAACUAAAGACGACAGAAUACUUCCUAAGUCAUUCAGUGAGGCCAGCAUUACCCUGACACCAAAAUCAGAGACACUACAGGAAACAAAAAUUACAGACCAAUAUCCCUUAUGAAUAUUGCUAUAAAAAUCUUCAACAAAUAUUAGCAAACCCAAUUCAGCCGUAUAUUAAAGGAUUAUACACCAUGACCCAAGAUGGGUUUAUUCUUGGAAUGCAAGAAUGGUUCAACAUACAAAAAUCAACGUAAUCUACCACAUUAGCAGAACUAACAAAAACCUACAUAAUCACCUCAAUUGAUGAACAAGAGGCAUUUCACAAAAUUCAACAUGCUUUUAUGAUAUCACUCAAACUAGGAAUAGAAGGAAAGUACAUAAACAUGAUAAAGGGAAUUUUUGAAAAACCCACAGCUAAUAUCAUACACAGUGGUGAAAGACUAAAAGCUUUUCUUCUAUUAUCAGAAACAAGACAAAAAUAAACACUUUUACCAGUUCAACAUGGUACUGGGAGUCCUAGCCAGAGCAAUUAGGCAAGACAAAAAACAUCCAAAUUGGAAAGUUUGAAGUAAAAUUAAUUUCUAUUACAGACUGACAUGACCUUAUAUAUAGGAAAUCCUAAGGAUUCCACAAAAAAACCUGUUAGAGUUAAUGAAUUCAACAAAGUUUUACACGAUAUAAAAUCCACACAAAAUUAAGUUGCAUUUCUGUACAUGUGCAAUGAAAAAAAUCUGAAAAGGAAAUUAACAAUUCCAUUUACAAUAGCAACAAAAUGAAUAAAAUACUCAAGCCUAAUUUAACCAAGGAGGCCAAAGACUUGUAUAUUGCAAACUAUAAAAUGUUGCUGAAAGAGAUUAAAAAAAGCAAAUAAAUGGAAAGACAUCUGGGUUCACAGACUGGAAGAUUUAAUAUUGUUAAAAUGACAAUACUAGCCAAAGUAAUCAACAGAUUCAACCCAAUCCCUAUCAAAAUCCCCCCCCUUUUUUUGCAAAAAUAGAAAAAACCCAUCAUAAAAUUCAUAAUGGAUUCUCAAGGAACCCCAAAUAGCCAAAAACAAUCUUGGAAAAAAAAAAAAAUUAAUUUUACUUCAUGAUUUCAAAACUUUCCACAAA